AAACGUGCUUCCCCCCAGCUCGACAGUGGUCCCCGCUCAGCAUCCACAGGCCGAGACGGAAGCGACUGAACCCGGGACGAUGGACGACGUUCCCGCGCUCGUCCACCUCGCCAUCUCCCUGAAGAUCCAGCCCAACGACGGAGCCGUGUUCUUCAAGGUGGACGGAAGCCGCUUCGGUCAGAGCCGAACCAUCAAGCUGCUCACGGGCUCCAAGUACAAGAUCCAGGUGGAGAUGAAGCCCGGAACCGUGGAGGCCACCAACAUGAACAUUGGAGGCAUCGUCUUCCCUCUGGAGCAGCAGUCGAGGGACGAGGACUCGGUGGUUUAUCACGGAAAGUACGACACGGAGGGCGUCCCGCACACCAAGAGCGGAGACCGGCAGCCUGUCCAAGUCAGCAUCGAGUUCAACAAGGCGGGGACAUUCGAGACAGUCUGGCAGGCAAAGUACUACAACUACUACAAGAGGGAGCACUGCCAGUUCGGGAACAAGUUCAGCAACAUCGAGUACGAGUGCAAGCCCAACGAGACUCGGACCCUCAUGUGGAUCAACAAGGAGACGUUCAACUGAGUCCACCCUGUCCUCCAGCGGACACCAGCCGGGACCGGGGGCGCACCAGCGCUGGGUUCCAACAUCAGCAUCUCAGUAAAAGGACAACUCUGGUUUCUGUUUUGUUUUAUGAUAAAUGGGAGAAAAUAUCUGUAGCAGCCGUCUGAGCUUUUCAAAGUGUUUUUACUUCAAAGCUUCAUUUAGCAGAUUUGUUUUCUGGCAGCUUCACAGCUAAAUGAGAACAGUUUGAAAACCAGAGGGACAGACAAGGGAAUGUCCUUCACCUCUAAAUCUGUCUCCACACCUCAGUGAUCAACCUUUAGAGUUUAGUCAUAGUUUUAUUAAACCAUACAUUUAGUCAAAUGAGCUUAUCGGCCAUCUUCUAAAAGCUUUGAAUCACAUUUCAAGUCAGUGUAUCAGCAGCGGAACAGGAGUUCAGUUCAGCUCCAUCACGGGAGUCAGUCGAUGCUAACAUCACGAUAAUAAUCCACUGGCUAAUGUCGGAGCUGCAGAAACUCGUUCAUCAGGUGUGAAGGUUCCUCGGAGCAGAGCAGGCUCUGAUGCUAACUGAUGCUAACCACAGCCCCAUCACGUCACCUGUCCAAUUCAGAUGGAGUCAGUUAAUCAGACUUGUAGUUGUAUAGUUCCCGUGCUUCCAGUGUUGGUGCUAAGCUAGGCUAACCACUAUUGUUGUGUGUGUUAAUAAGACUUGAUCUUCACGUCAGUCUCACAGAAUGAAUGAGUGAAAUCCUCAAAAUGACCCUGUUUCUCCUCUAGUGAAAAAGAAUGGUGAGAACUACCCCUCUAUAACUCAAGCUACCCCAGCUAGCACGGUGUUAGCUGAAGUCAUACGAUGGGUGGAAGACGUAUUUAACUUUAUUUAUUAACUGUGUCAGUGUGUACAGAACCUACUGGAUAAGUUUCCUUUUUAUUAAAUGGAUAAAAACACUAAACGCACAGUUUGAGUUUUUUCCUCUUUUGAAUAUUUAACUUCAUGUUUCUUCGAUAAUCUCAGAUUCAAAACAACACAGCUAAUGUUAGCAUUCAACUACUUCUUGGCUAACAUUAAAAUUCAACCAACAUUGCUGUUCAACACUGUGACAUGAUACGAUAACAAGAGUUUCAUUUUAUCGACGCAUUAAAAACUGUCCUAGUAUUAAAUUUGUGGUCUGAAUGCUAAAUGCUAAAUGCUUCAUGUUACAUAACGUUUCUGAAGCUGAGGGAAAAGACACAAGGGCAUUUGAUGCAUUUGAUGCUAACUGGAAUGAAGAUGUUACAAUCUUCAUUCCAGUUAGCUAGGAGGUGGUUGAUUGCUAACAUUAGCUAUGAAGUUAGUUGAAUGCUAACGUUAGCUUGUGGUUGAAUGAACGUGUAGCUGAUGCUUCAUUUCACUUUGUUACGUUUGUGCUGUAACUGCUUUUGUGUUUGUUGGUUUUGUUUUGACGUGUGUGACUGGGUUCAUUUUGCCUCAUGAUCAUUGUGUUUCUGUUUCGACGUCUCAGUGCUUGAACUUUGCGGUUGUGUUACGUUAGUGAAGAGUGUAACGUGUCUCUGUGAAUAAACCAGUAA